UCACCUGCUCUCUACGACCCUUCAUGCCUUCAUCUCUCUCUUCUCCACCAUUACCACAGUCAAUGAGAGAAGAAAAAUGAGAGACUUUCCACGUUCGUAGUCGUCUCUAAUCUCCCCUCUAUAUUAUAUCUAACAUCUUCCUUUCUCUCUCUUUUUUUUUUCCUUCUUUCUAUAUUUAUCACAUUUUUCUUCACCGGCUGAUUUGUUUGCCCGGAGAUUAUCUCUCCGUCGUAAUUAAGAUCUAUACACACAGAAACACAAAGUUAAAGAAUCCUCAUGGAAGGAGUAAACUCUUCAAGCUCUAUAUCCGACCUAGACGAAUUGGCUCGGUUACUUGACCGGCCGAGGGUAAAUAUUGAACGGAAAAGAUCGUUUGACGAGAGGUCCUUCAGCGAAAUGGGAAUCUUCGACAACGUUAAUUCUCCCGGAGGAUGGGAAACUCCGGUGUCUUCGGCUAGAAACUCGUUUGAGCCACAUCCUAUGGUUGCAGAGGCUUGGGAUGCUUUGAGACGAUCAUUGGUUUACUUUCGUGGCCAACCGGUUGGUACUAUCGCUGCUUAUGACCAUGCUACUGAGGAAGUCUUGAAUUAUGAUCAGGUUUUCGUAAGAGACUUUGUUCCAAGUGCACUAGCUUUUCUCAUGAACGGAGAACCAGACAUAGUUAAAAACUUUCUCCUCAAGACAAUUCAAAUCCAAGGAAGGGAGAAAAGAAUAGACCGAUUCAAGCUCGGUGAAGGCGCAAUGCCGGCUAGUUUCAAGGUCAUUCACGACCCGAUCAAGGAAACCGACUCUAUCAAUGCUGACUUUGGCGAGAGCGCGAUUGGAAGAGUGGCUCCGGUGGACUCAGGUUUCUGGUGGAUCAUUCUCCUUAGAGCCUACACAAAAUCCACCGGAGACACUUCUCUAGCUGAAACAUCUGAAUGUCAAAAGGGAAUGAGACUCAUUCUCUCUCUUUGUCUCUCCGAAGGUUUCGAUACUUUCCCUACCUUACUUUGUGCUGAUGGCUGCUCCAUGAUCGAUCGAAGAAUGGGGGUUUACGGGUAUCCGAUAGAGAUCCAAGCUCUCUUCUUCAUGGCUCUUAGAUCAGCAAUGUCGAUGCUAAAGCACGACGCGGAAGGUAAAGAGUUCAUGGAGAGGAUAGUGAAGCGGCUACACGCGCUUAGCUUCCACAUGAGAAGUUAUUUCUGGCUCGAUUUUCAGCAGCUCAACGACAUUUACCGUUACAAAACAGAAGAGUACUCGCACACAGCGGUUAACAAGUUCAACGUUAUCCCUGACUCGAUCCCUGAGUGGGUCUUCGAUUUCAUGCCUCUACGUGGCGGUUACUUUAUAGGAAACGUUAGUCCAGCUCGUAUGGAUUUUAGGUGGUUCGCUCUAGGCAACUGCGUAGCGAUCCUUGCUUCUUUAGCCACGCCUGAGCAGUCGGCUUCAAUCAUGGACUUGAUAGAGGAACGGUGGGAGGAGUUGGUCGGAGAGAUGCCGGUUAAAAUUUGUCAUCCGGCAAUCGAGAGCCAUGAGUGGAGGAUUGUUACCGGUUGCGACCCUAAGAAUACUCGUUGGAGUUACCAUAACGGUGGUUCUUGGCCAGGUGAAUUUCUGUUCUAUACUUUCUUGAAACUAUAUUUUGAACAAAACCAAUUUUUUGAUAGUGACAAAAUAAGUAUUUUAUAUCUUUUUAAAUAACCUUUUGGGAUCUAAAGGCGUGAAUUUAUCGUUAAAAAGAAAUGUAUUAGCUAUCUAAAUUACUUUUAGGCUUUAUAAAGUUGGAAACAAAAUCAUUAAGAAAAAAAUCCUCUUUACGGAAAGUGUUUUUGUUAGUCAAAAUACUCUUUACUUAUGCACGGCUAAUCAUAUGGAGCAUUUCACCUUUGUUUGGAAAAAAGCAGUAUUGUUGUGGCUAUUAACAGCUGCAUGCAUAAAGACGGGACGGCCACAAAUAGCAAGACGGGCCAUAGACCUGGCGGAAGCACGGCUGUUGAAGGAUGGUUGGCCGGAGUACUACGACGGGAAAUCAGGAAGGUUCAUCGGAAAACAGGCGAGGAAGUUUCAGACAUGGUCUAUCGCCGGUUACUUGGUCGCCAAGAUGUUGUUGGAAGAUCCUUCUCAUCUUGGAAUGAUCUCAUUGGAAGAAGACAAACAGACUAAACCUGUCAUUAAGAGAUCUUAUUCUUGGACUUGAUAAUUUGUUGUCAAUUCUUUUGAGAAGAGCAGGCUAAAAUUUGAUCUAAAUUUUGUUACACAAGUCAAUGCAUUUUGUAUUAUUAUUGUUUCCCUUAGUGUGGAGUAGUGGGAUUAUUGAUAACCUCUUUGUAGACGAUUUUUUCUACCAUAUAUUUUAGCUUCGAUUAGCAGCAA